GCCCUUUAAGAAACUCCAUGUUUUCGCUACAUGAUGCGUCAACAUAAAAAAGCGGAUGAUGCUGUUAUGUAAAAACACGCUGAAGUGAGUUUUGCAGGGAGCUUUUUGCUGAACUGAACUGAACUGUACGCUUUGCAACAGCAGCACGCCUUCGCUUCUUCCUCGUCUCUUACACUGGGAUUGUGGUUUUUAAAGUGAAGCCACUGGGAGGAGGGUUGGGGCGCAGUUUGGAGAGAAGAAGCAGAAGAAGAAGAAGAGAAAAGGAUUCAACAUGAGUCUCUGUUUUCCUCCUUCACAUGCGGGCAGCGUACACCUGACGCAUCGCUCUCUCGUCCUGAGGAACUGAUCCUCCUUUCGUCUAAUAAUCAGGAUAUAUUACAGCCUGCAGAGCUGAGAGUGUAUGGACCCAGGUGAUGAUCCAUGAUGAUGCAGCUCGCUGAAGGCUCUCUCUGAGCUGAAACCCACCAUCGUAGGACCCCCGUGGAUGAAGACGAAGUGCCCCCGGACGCCGAGACCAUGGUGAAAGCUCAGCCCGCGAAAUGCGGGAGGCCCCGGAAGGAGAAGGGAAACAAGGAGAAAGGAGGUGGCGUUAAAAAAGGGAAAGAGAGGAAGAACGAGUUGAGAGGAAGGAAAAAGAAGGAUAAGAAAGAGCCACAUAGAAAGAAGACACUGGCGGUGGGUGAUGGAGAUGCGCUGGACUGUUGCGUCCUGCUCACCCGUCUGGAGGAGAAAGGAGUUGUGGGUAAAGAAAAGGACGCGCCAAAAGCCGGGAAACAAAAGAGGGGUAAAGUGAAGAAGAAGCUGCUCUCCAGCUCCAGUCAAAGAAGGACCAAAUCUGGAUUUAGGAAAACUUCCACAGCCAAUCAGCAAACACUGGAACCAAAAAUCAACCAAGCUGACGCCUUACUCAUGUUUCCUGUCUUUGAGCCGCGCAGGCGGAGAAUGGCCUCUCUCAAUGCCGAGGCGGUCAACAGCUUGCUGCUCUACAGAAACCAAUCUCUCGCGUCAAAUCUCGCAAAGAAACGGCAGCCUUCUAUUGAAGAUAGCGUCACUAAAACUGAACAUAGAGGUCGUAAAACCAAAAAGGUUCCUCCGGGAGGGAAAGCAGACCCAAAAGAAAGACCUAAAAAACAGAGGCGGUCAGCAGCGGAGGCUCAGAACAUCGACUGGUUGGCUUUGUUUGCGCCAACGCCGCCGCGUCAGGCGGGCCUCACUGCUGCAACGCUGCUCAAACUCACCAGUUCCCAGUAUGGAAACAAACGGCAAAAGAAGACGGAGCCCAAGCCGGGGAGUGAAGCAGCAGCAGCUACGACUCAGGAUGAGAUUAAGCCAGUAGGUGGAGGAACAACGCUGACCAAAAGAACAACACAUCCCAAACACGAGGACCAAGUAAAGCACAUAAAACAGGGUACAGAGGAUCCUGUUCGUUCCCAGCUGGAAUCUCCCAUCCAGGGUUGCUGCAGUUUGUGUAAAAGCGAGGCUCUGGAUCCGGAGUGGAAGGGCACCACAGGAGGACAGGAGUGUCUCAAACACGAGCUCCACCGCGGCCCUUCGCUGGGAUUCUCCUUGAAAACAAUCAAAGAGGAGCACGUGGAGGCCGAGGUGUCUUCCUGCUACUGCUGCUCCCAGGAGAGGUGCGUCGAAUACUGUCACAGACUGGCUCUCUUCCUGGAGGACAAGACCUUCAAGGAACCAGAGGACGGCUCGCUGUUCCACCACCACCAUCACCACCAUCAUCAUCAUCACCACCAUCUGCAGUCCCCGCACUCUGUAACCCACCCAGCAGCCAUAACCAUCAGCCCGCACACGUACACCUGUUUCCCCGGCUACUACGUCCACUUCAGCCACCCGGACACGUCGCCCUCUCCCAUAUCACCCCUCGCUUCGUGCCCAAAGAGCGGCAAGAGACCCAAGCUGCUCCCCAGCACCGGUCCACAGCCCUCAGGGAUUACCCAUCCAGUGUACUGCUGCACCUCGGUGGAGGCGUGCUACGGAGAGCCCUGCAGGAUCAACGGCUACUCCUCCUACACCAGUGUGAUUCCAGCCAUCGCCAGAGGAGGGUGCUCCUUCAGCCCCCCAGACUGCACCAACUGUAACCACGGCAUCAAAAGAGACAACUACCCAUCGACCCUCAACGACCAUCACAGUCCCUCCUCCGUCCCCGUCUGUCCCAGCCCCAGAACCCUCACUGGUUGCCCCUUUCCCACUGUGCCUCCUGCCGGCCAAUCAGUGCCCCACGUUCAGACUCCGCUGUCCGACCCCAGCCAACCGCAGCCUCCGCCGCAGGUGGCGAGGGAGUGUCCGCAGAGUGCCAAGUCGCCCAGCGGGUCGAGGUCUGGCGCGCGCGGCACCGGCAGCAUCAGCUCGGCUGUCUGCCCUCUCAACAGGGACAAGAAGCAGAAGCUCGGCUCUGCCAGCGUCGGAGGGCGAACGGUUGCCAAGCAGCCGAAGAACGGCCGCCAAAAAUCCACCAACGGCUGGCAGCCAGUCGGCCUGCCCUUUCAGAAGGAGGUUUUCUCCGUGGGAGAGGAGGCUCUGGUGCUGAGGAAGUGUUUCGAGGGAGUCCAGAGGGACGGGGAGUUGAUUCGGGUCAGAGACACUGUUCUGCUGAAAUCUGGACCUAGAAAGAAGUCUCUGCCUUACGUGGCCAAGAUCUCAGCUCUGUGGGAAGAGCCGGAGUCAGGAGAGCUGAUGAUGAGUUUGUUUUGGUACUACCGCCCAGAACACACACAGGGGGGACGCAACCCCAGUAUUCAUUGUGAGAAUGAGAUCUUUGCGUCUCGUCACCAGGAUGUGAACAGUGUGGCCUGUAUUGAAGACAAAUGCUAUGUCCUAACACUGGCACAGUAUUGUCGAUUUUGUGCCUUGGUAAAACGCCAUAGGGAGGGCGUGCGCGACUGUGCUGCCUCCCUCGUGGUGCCACCCGUUGUCGGCAACGCCAUGCCCACCCACCACUGUGUGCCCGAUGACGUCGACCCAGAGCUGGUGUAUUUCUGUCGACACGUCUAUGACUUCCGCUACGGCCGCCUCCUCAAGAACCUGCAGUAGCAUCUAACCGGGAGCGUGACACACAAUGCUAUGGGACGUGAGAUAAUGUUCUACAUCCUCCACAACUUUAACUAGCUACAUACCUACCUGCUGCCUGCUGUGACAGGAACUGGAAGUUUAGGAUGAAGGAUUGAGAGAUGAGCUUCUUUUUGUUUUGAAAUCUCGUACUCAUACUUACAUGCCACACAUUUAUUUAGUGAGAGCGAUGGCUUGACAUAUUGUAAUAUGAGUUAAUAUGGCGCCGUAAUGGUCUUUAUCAUACAUGGCUCCGUGGUGUCGUAGCAGCUGUGUGAAGAACCUGGAACGUACUCUGCUGUAGAAAAAUGCUACUGUAGCUCUUAGAAAUGUGACAUUUGAUAGAUAUGAAGAGAGGUGGGUGUUACAUGUGAAUUAUGUUACUGUCUGCCUGACAGAUAUCAGACACAAAAUGUGUCUCAAUGAUACGCCAUAACUAAAGCAAAUUUGGGGCAUAUCGUGCCACAUCGGUCCUUGAGAAGAGAUUUCUCAAGUGGCUGAAGAUUCACAUUUGAAUCACAUUUGAACAUUAGAUAUCUCUGUAAGUCAGAUGUUUUUACAGAUGUUUUACAGAAAAGCUCCAGAGUGAACAUUUGUCUUCUUAAUUAAGGAAUAGUGUUUAGGAAAUGUGCUAUUUCCCCUUUCUUUACGAAAGCUAGAUGAGAUGAUUGAUGUCUGUAUGGUGAAUAUGAACCUACUGUGAGCAAUGCACUGCACCAGUUAGCUUAGCAUAAAGACUGGAAAUGGGGGAAACAGCUAGCCAGGCUCUGUCUAAAGCUAGGCUAGCUGUUUCCCUAGGCUAACGUUAGCUGUUUUCUCUGUCUUUGGACAGAGCCUGUCUAGCUGUUUCCCUAGGCUAACGUUAGCUGUUUUCUCUGUCUUUGGACAGAGUCUGGCUAGCUGUUUCUCCAGGUUAUCGUUAGCUGUUUUUCCUACUGUAUUUCCUGUCUUUUGACAGAGUCUGGCUAGCUGUUUCCCUAGGCCAACGUUAGCAGUUUUCCCUGUCUUUGGACAGAGUCUGGCUAGCUGUUUUCUCUGUCUCUGGACAGAGUCUGUCUAGCUGUUUCCCUAGGCUAACGUUAGCUGUUUUCUCUGUCUUUGGACAGAGUCUGGCUAGCUGUUUUCCCUAGGCUAACGUUAGCUGUUUUCUCUGUCUUUGGACAGAGCCUGGCUAGAUGUUUCCCUUGGCUAACGUUAGCUGUAUUCCCUGUCUUUGGACAGUCUGGCUGGCUGUUAGCUGUUUUUUUUCUGUCUUUUGACAGAGCCUGGCUAGCUGUUUCCCUAGGAUAUCGUUCUCUGUUUUUCCUGCUGUAUUUCCUGUUUUUAGACAGAGUCUGGCUAACUGUUUCCCUAGGCUAACGUUAGCUGUUUUCUCUGUCUUUGGACAGAGCCUGGCUAGCUGUUUUCUCUGUCUUUGGACAGAGUCUGGCUAACUGUUUCCCUAGGCUAACUUUAGCUGUUUUCCCUGUCUUUGGACAGAGUCUGGUUAACUGUUUCCCUAGGCUAACUUUAGCUGUUUUCUCUGUCUUUGGACAGAGCCUGGCUAACUGUUUCCCUAGGCUAACGUUAGCUGUUUUCUCUGUCUUUGGACAGAGUCUGUCUAGCUGUUUCCCUAGGCUAACGUUAGCUGUUUUCUCUGUCUUUGGACAGAGUCUGUCUAGCUGUUUCCCUAGGCUAACGUUAGCUGUUUUCUCUGUCUUUGGACAGAGUCUGUCUAGCUGUUUCCCUAGGCUAACGUUAGCUGUUUUCUCUGUCUUUGGACAGAGUCUGUCUAGCUGUUUCCCUAGGCUAACGUUAGCUGUUUUCUCUGUCUUUGGACAGAGCCCGGCUAGCUGUUUUCCCUUGUUUCCAGUCUUUGUGCUAAACUAAUCUAAGCUGAGGUAACCGGCUGCUGGCUCCAGACACAUUCAGUAUUUACCAGACAAACAUGAGCUGUAGUAUCAAUAUUCUCAUUUAACUCUUGGCAAGAAAACAAAUUAGCUUUUCCCGGCUCUAUGAUUUAACAUUUCCAUUUUCAUGUAAUUGUGAUUGACCUGUAGGUCUAUGUAGUAAACUACGACCACAGCUGUGAGGAAAGUUCUUGAUCAGAAGGUUUGAUCAAAUGAAUUUCAACCUUAUUACCACUGAUUAAGUUCAUGCACAGCAAACAAUUAAACCAUUUCUUGGCUGCACCUCUCGCUGAUUUUCUGAGAGAUUUAUAGGUUUUUAUGUAACUCUUCAAUUCACCUGAGUUGGUGAUUCUCACAAUAGACCUGCACUCUACGAAGAAAGCACACUCCAGUUUGUUUGAUUUCGCAGUGUGAAGACGUCUAAUGAGCCGAGCACUGAGCAUUUGUUAUGCCAAUGCUGAGGAAUAUUUGACUUUCUCAAAGCUGGUUGCCAGAGGUGUGAUAUGACUCCGGUGUCAGCUAACUGUAUAUUUGCAUUUAUAUAUCUGGAUGAGUGUCUGUUCGUGGCAGAUGGCAUCAGUUAGUCACCUAUAUUCUUGUUUCUUCACCGAUGAGAUGGUGAGUAAUGUAUUCAGUGUAGCAUUUAGAUCUGUGAUGAUGAUCCAUUCCUAUGUUUGAGAGAAGAUAUGUAUUUAUUUCUGUACUGAGAAAAUAUAAUUUAUUUUCAAAAGAUAAUUUUAAAGAAUAGAGUUUUAGAUGAGUGGCUUUCAUUCCUGAUUAUAAAGGAGCUCUCUCCUUCUUAGCUGCACUGUCUAAGAUGAAAAAGUGUGUGAGUCAUUUGCAAUAGUAUUUCUGUGACUGAUGAGCUUGCUCGCCCAGUACAAGCCUAUUAAAUGUUGUGUAGAGAUGUUGAAGUCCUCCGGGCAGAUUCGAGGACACAUUUAGAAGUAUCUCAGAUACAGUUUGAAGGACACCUGCUAACAUGUGACCAGAGAUGCUUAACCUGCAGGACCAAAACGUACCUUGGCCUCUCCCAGCUUCCUGUCAUUCUCCUGUCACUUCUCCUCAGAUGAUAAAAAAAGCUUUGCCUCUUUCACCUUUAAAUGCCGAAUGCUACGACGAUUUAAAACCUACCUUGCCAUUAGCCUGUGCCCUUGAUCUUGCUGCCUUAUAGAACAUUCCCAGCCUUUCAUUUAGAAAUGUGUACCGAUAUCAGCCUGGAGUAAUGAAGCUUCUUAGUGUGCUGAUCUUGAUUCCUACAGUACAUGCUUGAGACGUAUCUCAGGUCCAUUGCAUUCAUGUGAUCUUGUGUGAUCUGAAAGAUAAAAAAACUGAUCCUUGAUCAACGCUUUUUUUUUUGGCAAAAGUCUGCCCAAGUAAUCUGUUAUAGAAACGUGGCUGUUAAAGGAACAGUGUGUAAAAUUUAGGAGGAUCUAUUGGCAGAAAUGGAAUAUAAUAUUAAGUAUGUUUUCAAUUCUCUGAAAAUAAGAAUAAUUUUUGUUACCUUAGAAUGAGCCGUUUAUAUCUACAUACGGAGUGGGUCCUCUUUACGGAGCCAACCCGCCACGUUUCUACAGCAGCCCAGAACGGACAAACGAAACACUUGCUCUAGAUAGGGCCAUUUGUGUUUUCAGGUUUUCGCAUUGACCACUGAAAUUCUCCCACACGCUUGGUCACACGGGAGAAAUUUCAGUUGGUUGCAAUCUGUAACCUCACCACUAGAUGCCGCCGAAUCUUACACACUGCACCUUUAAAUGAUUAGCUCAACAUUUGGGGAAAUGCUCUUUACGUUCUUGUUGAGAGAAGAUUGAUACCAAUCUCAUACCUGUACGCUAAAUAUGAAACUAUACAGCCAGCACCCGAUUGGUGUACCUCUAAAGCUCACUAACUAACAUGCCUCUUUAUGCUAAGCUAAGCUGAGUUAACUGUCUGUUGGCUGUAGCUUCAUAUUUAGCGUACAGACAUGAGUGUGGUAUUGAUUUUCUAAUCUGACUCUCGACAAGAAUAUCCCAAAAUUUUGAGUUUGUACUUUUGUGCUUCUCGCAGAACAGCGGCUGUAGUCAGCUUGAAUUCACAUCGUUUGCGAUGAAUUUCAGUCGCAAAAGGUAUCAAAAUGUCCACAGAAACUCCUCUAAUCCACUUCUUCAUCAUAAUCCACCUCUCAGCUGUCCAUCUGUACGCUCAUUAUGUUCCAAACAAAAGACACAACUUCCUGGCAGAGCGUGAAGCAGCGGGGAAAUGGAUUAUGCUGCAGGAGUGUUUGAUUAUAAGUCUUUUACUCUGUUUUGAAACUAGUCACCACUUGAAUCUUUUGUAUCUGACAUGCUUUAAGGUGACCACAAGCGCUGUUGAACAUGAACUGCAAGCUAUUUACAGCCACCUUCAAAGCACCGGGGGGGUAUUUGAUUGUGAAAAGAUAGAGUUUGGGUGGAGCAUCACUUGAAAAUGCCCACAUCCUGCCUACUUCUGCUUUACACGCUGUACAAAAGAUUGAGUAGAUUACUUGUGUGUGUUAAUUUUGCAAUUACAUAGAAUCCCCUAUGAUUAAUAUUUGACUUUCAAAUAAGCCUCUAGUUCAUAUUGGUUAAUUCAAUUCAUUAGGUGGAAAUUGAAAGAAUGGACCGUGCCAUUUCAAUCAAACCAAAGGUCAUAUAUCAAAACUACACCACACUUUCUCCACUGACUGAAACAUGUUAUUGAAUACUGAUGGAUGGUGGAUGUACAGUAAAUCCCACCCAGCACAAUCCAACAAAGCAGAAUUGGGUAUACUACAUUUGGUUUUGCAAUUUAAAAUCCCCCCGGGUGUUCUGGAUCACACAUAUUAUGGCCUUAGGAAUCACUCAGCAAACUAAUUAUGUUUAAUCAAGAUGUGUGAUACUUAUGUCUUAAUUGGUCCUCUGUGCCUGUUCCCAUUAACCCGUAUAACGUUUUCCACGAAGACAAGGAUGAGCUGUUGUUUCUACCCACCUUCCAAAUGCCUUUCAUUUUAACCAGACGGCGCUGGUUUGAUCUUGAAUCACCACAAAGAAAUGUUUGCACCAAAAAGAGAGCGAGCGAGAGAGAGAGGGGGAAGGUAUCGAAAUUUAAUUUCAUUCCCAGGUGUACAAAAAAAAAAAAACUUUGGUUCUUCUGAUGUGAAUUUAUGUUCAUAUUCUUUGCAUGGCGUUUUUGGAAAUAUUAAUCACAGCACAGAUUAUUUGUAUGGUUUCAAAUGGACCUCUGUAAUAUAAGAAAAAUAUUUAAUUGUAAUAAAUAAUAUAUGAGUUUGAA